GAAAAAUAAUAUUAACACAAAAAGAAAAAGAAUAAUUAAAAAAAAAAAAAAGCUUCAGACAAAAUAAUAGCAGCCCCGGAGCUCCUAUUACACCUCUCCGCACCUUCCUCUCCCGCCCUGCGCCGAGAAACACGAUCCACUCCACUCCGGCGGAACCCAUUUAUUCCGAAAUAGUACUUUUGUAGCCACCUAUAUAUUUGAUCAGGUACGUUUUGAUCACACCCCAGAUCUCUUCUUCCCUUUCAAUUUGUUCGUUUGGGUUAAUUUUAGAUCUGUAAUUCUGUAAUCAAUCUGAGUUUUUGGUUCCAAUUUAUAUCGAAUCGAUUUAGAAAAGGGCACCAGAAAAAAAAUGAAUUCGAAUUACGGGAAGAAAUCGAGUAGUUUUGACUUUGAUUUGGGGCUCAACAAAUCGGGUCCUAAAUCCCUUAAUGAUCAAAAGAACAAGACUUCAUCAUCCGCGUCGUCGUCUUCGUAUAGUUCUUAUAAUUAUUCUGCCCAGCCAAAGCCUUCCUGGAGCCAACAGCCCAAUAAACCCUCUUGGACCCACCAGCCUGCAGCUCCGACUCAAUCAGGCUCGGCUUCUCUAUCGGGUCCGACAUCCAUGGUUGGAGAUAUAUUCGGGAAAAGUUGGAGUUCAACCGGCCCAGCAGCCAGCGGUGCUGCGGGAAUUGGGAUCGGGAAGAAAGAUCCCAACUUGUUUGGUGAUUUGCUCAGUUCAGCAUUGGGUCAGAACAAGAGUGGUAGCAACGUGCCUUUGAAGAAUGCCGCCCCUGUGUCGAAUAAAGGCACGUUUUCAAUGGGUGGUAUGGCUGAUUCCUUGCCCAAGACUCGUAAUUCAGCUAAUAGUUCAUCCAACUGGGGAUCGGGUGGAUAUAAUGCCGGGAACGUGAAGAAUUUGAAUGGCAAUGUGAAUAAGGGAGGUCCUAGUUUAGGUGGUCAGCCCAUGAACGCUCCAGGUGGAGGAUUAGGUAGUGGGAUGAGUGCAAAUAAGGACCCCUUUGGUUCCUUGGUUGAUAAUUUAAAGUCUAAGCCAAGUAAUAGCAUUAAUUCGAGUGGUAAAGGUAGUACUACUAACAAUAGUAGCAAUGACAAUGGUUUUGGAGGUGUAGAUGAUGCAUUUGGGAGUUUUCAGAAUGCUCCUAGUAAACCAAGUGGAGCUACAUUUCCAUCGAGUACUUUUCCAUUGGGGACUGAUAAUUUCGUGGGAGGAGGAACAGGUGGAAUGGGAUUUGAUGGUUUUGGGUUUUCUAAUAGUCAGCCUCAAAGUCAGCCAUCUGCCCAGCCGUCCGCUGGGGUUAAUGAUUUUGGUUCAUUGUUUGAACCAACUACUAAUCCAUCAGGUGGGGCAGCAUCCGAGCCGUUUUCAGGGGGUGAUGAUUGGGGAUUUGAGAUUGGAGGCGGAGACACUGGUGGGACCACAACUGAGCUUGAAGGUCUUCCACCUCCGCCAGCUGGUGUUACUUCUGCGACUGCAAAGAACAAAGGAGUAGAUAAUUACAAGCAGGGCCAAUAUGCGGAUGCUAUAAAAUGGUUGUCUUGGGCUGUUGUUCUUCUUGAGAAGGCUGGUGAUGAUGUUGGUACAAUAGAGGUUUUGACCUGCAGAGCAUCGUCAUACAAAGAAGUCGGUGAGUACAAGAAAGCGGUAGCUGAUUGCACAAAGGCUCUAGGUAUAGAUGAGAAAAACGUGAAUAUCCUUGUGCAACGUGCUCUUUUGUAUGAGAGUAUGGAGAAGUACAAGCUUGGAGCCGAAGACCUAAGAACAGUUAUGAAACUUGAUCCGAGCAACAGGGUUGCAAGAAGCACCAUUCAUCGCUUAACGCAGAUGGCUGGCUAAAGAACACAUGAAUACAUUACUUCUCUGCACUUCAACCUGCUCUAGUACAUUUGAUGUUACCUGCCCCUCCCUCGUCGAUACCAAGUUUUUCAACAAAUUAUCAUAUUCAGCUUCAGUUGAAUUUUUUUCAUUGGAUUGGAAUGUACAAUGUACAUUCAUAAUAGCUCACAUAUUUCUGUCUCGUUUUUGUACCUCAGUCUUGAUGUAAGUGGGUUUUGUUACUCUUGGUUUCCUGUAGUUCAGAUGAGCUGAUGAGCUCCGAACAGAUACACAUUUUUUGAGAACUAUGACACGAUUUUGCUUAUGCCUACGUGUAAAGAAAGCAUGAUCAAAAUUGUUAUUUCUUCCUUCUUCCUGUUAUACCAUAAAUUUCAUAACUUUAAUGUGCCUCAUGCCCCUUGAUAUGGUGGCAAAACUUGUAGCAUAACAAAAUGAAUUAUUAAAAUGACGUAGAAGCAAUAAUAAUUUC